AUGAUUGAUCUUGUACCAAAUGAAAUUUUACAACGCAUAUUUGAUACAAAACAAAUUGAAGGUGGUUUAAUAAAUUUAUUUAUUCAACAUACGAAAGGCCAUCAAUAUUCUGAUGAACAUUUAGAUAAAUGUAAAGAUGAUAUGCCAGUACAGAAAAAAUGUUCAUUACUUGCUUCAUCAAUUAAUAUCUCUACUACAUCACGACAUUUAGCUUUUGAUACUAGAGAAGGAAUUUAUUUAUUUUGUGAUGAAUUGUUUUUUGGAUGGUUAAAGUAG